GGUUACCUACCUACCUACUUACAUCAUUUCGAGCAGUCUUAUCGUUCAAAUAAUUUAAUAUUAUUACAUCAUUGCUACGUACGACGUACGUAUACCGAAUCGACUUGGCAAAGUUGUUGUUUCACUUCUUGAUACUUGAUAGUUUAUUCAUACAUUCAGUCAUUCUAUCGUAGUCAUCCAGUGCGCACGAACAUGUCUACAGCCGGCAAAGUAAUCAAGUGUCAAGCGGCCGUGGCAUGGGAGGCCGGCAAACCUUUAUCCAUUGAAGAGAUAGAAGUAGAUCCACCUAAAGCCGGCGAAGUUCGCGUCAAGAUCACCGCUACUGGAGUCUGCCAUACUGACGCAUAUACGCUUUCUGGCAAGGACCCUGAGGGCGUUUUCCCUGUAGUGCUGGGCCAUGAAGGCGGAGGCAUCGUCGAGAGUGUCGGUGAAGGUGUUACCUCCGUGAAACCUGGAGACCACGUCGUGCCCCUGUAUGUACCACAAUGCAAAACUUGUAAGUUCUGCUUGAACCCAAAGACUAACCUAUGCCAGAAGGUGCGCGUGACACAGGGCCAAGGUGUCAUGCCUGAUGGCACUCGUCGCUUCCGCUGCAAAGGACAAGAACUGUACCACUUUAUGGGCUGUUCCACAUUUAGUGAAUACACUGUUGUUCUGGAAAUUUCUCUGUGCAAAGUCAAUGAAGCAGCAGCUUUAGAUAAAGUGUGUUUGUUGGGCUGUGGAGUCCCCACUGGCUAUGGAGCUGCCAUGAACACAGCUAAGGUUGAACCUGGAUCAAACUGUGCUAUUUUUGGUCUUGGAGCCGUAGGUCUGGCUGUAGCCUUAGGGUGUAAGGCGGCGGGAGCUAAGCGCAUUAUUGGAGUAGACAUCAACCCAGAUAAGUUUGAAGUUGCUAAGAAAUUUGGAGUUAAUGAAUUUGUAAAUCCCAAAGAUUAUGACAAACCCAUCCAACAAGUCCUGGUUGACUUAACUGAUGGAGGUCUAGAUUACACUUUUGAGUGCAUUGGUAAUGUGAACACCAUGCGCGCUGCUCUGGAAGCAUGUCAUAAGGGAUGGGGAGUAUCUGUUAUCAUUGGUGUGGCUGCAGCCGGAGAAGAGAUCAGCACCCGACCAUUCCAGUUGGUUACUGGGCGCACAUGGAAAGGAACAGCUUUCGGAGGUUACAAGAGCCGUGACAAUGUACCCAAACUUGUUGAUGAAUACUUAGCAAACAGACUUCCUCUAGAUGCAUUUGUAACUCACAAUGUGCCUCUUAAAGAAAUCAAUGAGGCAUUCCACUUGAUGCACGAAGGUAAAUCCAUCCGUGCUGUUGUUCAAUUAUAAUUUCGAACAUGAUACUGGAUAUUUUUAUUUUCUUUUGUAAUUUGCAUUAUUAUACUGCAUUUUCUGAGUGAUAAAAUUAUUAUUAUGA